GGAGAUGCACAGCAAUGGGGUCAUCUAAGAGUUCUAUCUUCAUUCUGACCCUUCAUCUGCUAGGAGGGGCCCUGAGCAACUCACUCAUUCAGCUGAACAAUAAUGGCUAUGAAGGCAUUGUCAUUGCAAUUGACCCUAAUGUGCCAGAAGAUGAGACACUCAUUCAACACAUAAAGGACAUGGUGACCCAGGCAUCUCCAUACCUGUUUGAAGCUACAGGAAAAAGAUUUUAUUUCAAAAGUGUUGCCAUUUUGAUUCCUGAAACAUGGAAGACAAAACCUGAGUAUAUGAGACCCAAACUCGAGACCUACAAAAAUGCUGACGUUCUGGUGGCUGAACCUAAUCCUCCAGGGAAUGAUGAUCCCUACACUGAGCAGAUGGGAAAGUGUGGAGAAAUGGGUGAAAAGAUUUAUUUCACUCCUGACUUCUUAGCAGGAAAAAAGUUGGUUCAAUAUGGGCCACAAGGAAGGACAUUUGUCCACGAAUGGGCUCACCUGCGGUGGGGUGUGUUUGAUGAGUACAACAAGGACCAGAAGUUCUACUUAUCCAAUGGGAAAAACCAAGCAGUAAAGUGCUCGGCAGCUAUUAAUGGUAAAAAUGUGGUAAAUAAGUGUCAGGGAGGCAGCUGUGUCACCAGACCAUGCAGACCAGACAAAUUAACAGGACUGUAUGAUAAAGAUUGUGAGUUCGUGCCCCAAAGCCAGCAGACUGAGAAGGCUUCAAUAAUGUUUGCACAAAGCAUUGCUUCUGUGGUUGAAUUCUGUACAGAACAAAACCACAAUAAAGAAGCCCCAAACCUGCAAAACCAAAGAUGUAAUCUCAGAAGUACAUGGGAAGUGAUUAGCGAUUCUGAGGACUUUAAGAAAACCACACCUAUGACGACACAGCCACCCCAGCCAACUUUCUCAUUGCUACAGAUUGGACAAAGAAUUGUGUGUUUAGUCCUAGACAAGUCUGGAAGCAUGUCGAUUGGCGACCGCCUUAAACGACUGAAUCAAGCAGCCAAACUUUUCCUGCUGCAGACGGUUGAGCAGGGGUCCUGGGUCGGGAUGGUGACGUUCGACAGUGCUGCCCAUGUACAGAGUGAACUCAAACAGAUAAACAGUGGCGCUGACAGGAAUGCGCUCUCCGCAAGUUUACCCACAGUGGCUUCAGGAGGGACGUCUAUCUGCUCUGGGCUUCGAUCAGCAUUUACUGUGAUUAGGAAGAAAUACAGCACUGAUGGAUCUGAAAUCGCACUGCUGACGGAUGGAGAGGACAGCAGCAUCAGCGGGUGCUUUAACGAGGUCAAGCAGAGUGGAGCCAUCAUCCACACAGUGGCCCUGGGGCCCUCUGCAGCGAAAGAACUGGAGGAGCUGUCUAAAAUGACAGGAGGCUUACAGACAUAUGCUUCAGAUCAAGUUCAGAACAAUGGCCUCAUUGAUGCUUUUGGGGCCCUUACAUCAGGAAACGGACUUCCUUCUCAGCGUUCCAUUCAGCUUGAGAGUAAGGGACUAACCCUCCAGGACAGUCAGUGGAUGAACGGCACAGUGAUUGUGGACAGUACAGUAGGAAAAGAUACUAUGUUCCUUGUCACCUGGACAACGCAGUCUCCCCAAAUACUUCUCUUGGAUCCCACUGGAAAGAAACAAGAAGGAUUUUUAGUGGACACACACACCAAAAUGACCUACCUCCAAAUCCCAGGCACUGCGAAGGUUGGUGUUUGGACUUACAGUCUGCAAACAAGCUCACAAACCCUGACUCUGACUGUUACCUCCCGUGCUUCCAGUGCUACCGUGCCCCCAAUUACAGCGACCUCCAAGAUGAACAAGGUCACAAGCAAAUUUCCCAGCCCCAUGGUAGUUUAUGCAACUAUUCGCCAAGGAGCCUCACCAAUCCUCAGGGCCAAAGUCACAGCCCUGAUUGAAUCAGAGAAUGGAAAAACAGUUACCUUGGAAUUACUGGACAAUGGAGCAGGUGCUGAUGCUACUAAGAAUGACGGUGUCUAUUCAAGGUAUUUUACAGCUUAUGAUACAAAUGGCAGAUACAGUGUAAAACUGUGGGCCUUGGGAGGAAUUAAUGCAGCCAGAAAGAAUGUGAUACCUCAGCAGAAUGGAGCCAUAUACAUGCCUGGCUGGAUUGAGAAUGGUCAAAUAAAAUGGAAUCCACCAAGACCUGACAUUAGUAAGAACUCUCAAGACAAGCAACAGUGUUUCAGCAGAACGUCCUCAGGAGGUUCAUUUGUGGUCUCCGAUGUCCCAAAGGCUCCCAUACCUGAUCUCUUCCCACCUUGUCAGAUCACUGACCUGAAGGCGAAACUCGAAGAAAGCAAUCUCAUUAAUCUGACGUGGACAGCUCCUGGAGAUGAUUAUGAUCAUGGGACAGCUCGCAAGUACAUCAUUCGAAUAAAUAACAAUAUUCUUGAUCUCAGAGACAAGUUUGAUGAUUCUCUUCAGGUGAGCACUACAGAUCUCAUCCCACAAGAAGCCAACUCUGAGGAAGUCUUUGUGUUUAAACCGGAAAACAUCACUUUUGAAAAUGGCACGGACCUCUUUAUUGCCAUUCAGGCUAUUGAUAAGGUCGACCUGAAAUCAGAAAUAUCCAACAUUGCACGAGUGUCUCUGUUUAUUCCUCCACAGACUCCUCCAGUGACUUCUGUUCCUGGCCCUAAUAUUCAUAUCAACAGCACUGUUCCUGGCAUUCACAUUAUAAAAAUCCUGUGGAAGUGGCUAGGAGAAUUCCAAGUGUCAAUAGGGGGCUAAGUUUUCCUAAGAUAAAUAAAGUCAAUUAU